AUGAGCGGCUUGAUGAAGAGUAGAUCAAGAGCUCUACUAAAAGUGAAGCUCCAGCAUCAACCCCAAAUUAUCUAUAGUCGACGUUUUAAACUGAACGAUAACGGGAACGACGUGAAGGGAGAGGCCAAUGAGUCUAACACUCACACCGAGAACGGCGAAAGCGAAAGAAUGGAAAAGAAAGAACAACUAGAAGAAGCAUUAAUAAAAACUCUUAAUGAAAGUCCUGGAAAUGCUCGUACCAACGGAAAACUGGAAGUGAGCACAAUAGGUGAAAGUCAGGAGGGUAAAACUGAGCCCCAUCACAUACUACCUCUCACUCCUUACCUUCCAACACUCUUACCCUUGCAUGUACAACAGAUACUUGAAAAGGUCAAUUCAAUGUCUUUCAAAGAAUUGCAAACCCAAAAGUUUUUGGAUGGUGAUAAGCCAUUCCUCUCCACUAAAGCGGACGGGUUUCUUGUGAGAAAGAAUCUUAUAAGGGAUCUUCCAGACAAGAUCGAUUUGUUUGACGAAGAAGAUAUGGAUGAGGCGCCGUCGCCCUCUCUUUCAAGAAUUUCUUCCUCUUCUCAACUGACUUCUCCGUACCCAAUGGAGACCCUUAGGGAUAUACACGAAAUAUACUCAGAUUUGAGCAAACUAGAUUCAGAUGAAUCGAUGCAUAGAAAGUACUUUGAAAAGUAUGGUAUCAGGCCGGGCCAGUCAAACGACAUUGUACAAGGUUUCAACGGUAUAAAUGAAAAGUUUCUGCUACUUAGAAGGGGAGAGACCCUCCAGUUAGGAUUAUCACCGAAUAAUUUCAGAUUCGAGAAAAAUAUGUUCAAUAUGCCUUACAAUGUUCCUGGCUUUGAUGUGUCGUUUUCUGGCAUUCCCUUAAGAUUUGGGGAGCAGAAGCUUAAAAAGAGGCAGCUCCCACUAGAAUUAGUGAAAGAUUUGCGUAUGUACACAAAGUCUGUGCCGAUCAGGAAGGGAGAUUUGGCUUUCGACACAGAGAAGGAGAAACUUAAGAAGGAAGAGGAGGAAGAAAUGUCCGUAACCAUUCACCCAAAGGUUGACACCGUGGUUAUAAUAGAUAAGGUAAAACUCUUGGAGAAGGAUUGCAUAGAAACAACAAAGUCAUUAUCCCAAUAUAAUCCAUUUCCUUCUCCUGCAGUAACCUCGGCAACUAGAUUAUCUUCAGAUUCCUCGUCCAACCCUGUCAUAUUCCCAUCCGUAAGGUCUAAAUUUGAGACAUCUGUGGAAUUCAUAAUUUCAAGAAUGCAGAGAUCCCUUGUGAAAGAGAUUGAAGUUUACUUAGGAGGCGUUUAUAAAUCGCCAGAUCUGAUCUUCAAACCAAACCUGUUUUACUUAUUCGAAAAGAAGAAACCAAAAGUGUUGACCCUAUGGAAUAAGCACGGAACUACUGAAAUCAGUUUACCGAUACAGUUGGCCAAGUUGAGCUCGUUACCAUUAAGUGUAUACUACAUUAAGACCAAGAAGGAGAAAAGAUUCUUAAGAUUGCAUUUAUUCAAGAUCUUUAUGAUCAAUUUGGAAGGGUUGAUAGACAGACUAAUUACAAUGAAAUAUCAGACGGAAGAUGAAAAGAAUUCAUUUUUAAGCAUCUUGGCGGAUAAGGUAUACACGGAAAUUGACAACGUAUUGUUGAAUGAAAUCAUUAGGGAAUUUAAGGUGCCCUCCAAGAACAUCAAGAAGAAUGACGUUGGAGUUAUAAUGUACUCUCCGUUCAAAAAUGGUCUGUUUAAGAGAAUAAUCUGGACAAGAAACGGCUGGGGAAAUUUGAAGCACCAUCAAAGAAGCAAAAUACCAACAAUUCAAGUGAAGAAAGUUGAAUUGGAAAAGGUCUUACAGAAAUGA